GUAGAAGAAAGGAAAAAAUCUUCCCGUUGCCUUUUCAGAGACAGAGACUACGGACCAGAAAAUUAACACGCAGACAGUAGCAAUGGCUCUCCUCUUCACUUCACCAUCUUCCCUCUUCCGCCCCCAGAAUCCUAAAUUAUCACAUUCUUCCUCCGUAAAACCUUUGUCUCUCUGCAGUUUCUCCUUCUCCCUCCCCACCAGGCCCCGCAAAGGUCUCGGACUCUCCUCCCUCGUUUCUCUCGCCAGCUCCCAACGCGACCCCAUUCCGGACCCAGACGAGGAGCCAAACGACACUUCAUCGGUGCCCCAGGCUAGCAUCACUGACGAAUGGGGCGAGAAAUCGGAUGCAGGGCCGGAACCCGAACCAACGAAGCUGGCAGACUCGGACCCUUCCAAGGAUGAGGACGAGUGGGGGGAGCAGUAUGCGAGUACGGGAAAUGGUAGCCCUGCCCAAGAGGGUACGACCAAGGAGGUUGUAGAUGAUAAAGUUGGGGAUUUGAAGAGGUGCUUGGUGGAUACGGUAUAUGGGACGGAGCUCGGGUUUCGGGCAGGGCCAGAGGUACGUGGUGAGGUUUUGGAGCUGGUUAAUCAGUUGGAAGCGCUCAAUCCGACCCCGGCCCCGGUGGAGGCACCGCAGCUUCUUGAUGGCAACUGGGUUCUGCUGUAUACUGCAUUUUCUGAGCUGUUGCCUCUUCUAGCGACGGGUUCAAUCCCAUUUUUAAAGGUGGAAAGUAUAUCCCAAGCAAUUGACUCUAGCAAUCUCACAAUUGUAAACUCCACCACGUUGUCCAAUCCUUUUGCAACAUUCUCUUUCAGUGCAUCUGCUGCAUUCGAAGUCAGAAGUCCCACAAGAAUACAGGUGGAAUUUAAGGAAGGUACUCUAAAACCCCCAGAGAUCAAACCAACAGUUGACCUUCCAGAAGAUAUAGAUGUUUUUGGACAGAAAAUCAGUUUGUCACCAGCACAACAAUCUCUUAGACCGGUGGAGGAUGUGGUGGCAAAUAUUUCAAGAGCCAUUUCUGGUCAGCCACCUCUCAAGCUUCCAAUUCCGGGCAACCGGACAAAGUCUUGGCUUCUUAUUACGUAUCUGGACAAGGAUCUUCGUAUCUCAAGAGGAGAUGGUGGUCUUUUUGUGCUCGUUAAAGAAGGGAGUCCUCUCCUAUGUCAGUAGUCAAGCUACAUUUAAGCUUAUUACAUUUAGGACAUAUUCAUACACAACUUUUCACCUUUUUUUUCUCUUGUACUGUGAGUAGCCAAGCUACAUGAUCUUCUCUUUUUGUUUUUACUGGCUGAAGGGGAAAUUUGAAUUACUACGACUUUGUAUAUCAAUGGUUAGUUUGGUCAUGGAAGAACUUAUUUUAUAAGUUAGAGUUUAAUCAAAUUGAUAUCUGCUC